UGGAUCUAAACAACCUGCAAACUUCUCUGUUGUGUUUCCAUGGAAACAGCGUUUUGCUGUUGCUUCAAUGUUGAUUAACAUGGAGUUUAUGGGUAGCAGUUAUAAUGGAGACUACAAGAAUAGCAGGAUGGAGGGAAUGGGAGAGUACACAUUUCCCACUCAGACCAGAUAUGUCGGAGAGAUGAAAGACGGCAUGUUCCAUGGAAAAGGAGUGCUACACUUUCCCACUGGAAGCAAAUAUGAGGGAACUUGGGAGAAAGGAAUAUCCAAACAGGGAAAGUACACAUUUUCUGAUGGCCUAGAAUAUAGAGAGACUGACUGGGAUUACUGUGAUGGCAAUGACAGGCGGUUCUACUCUGAGAGGUGUAAUGGCUUGAAACCAGCAGGAGAAUCCCAGUUAACUGAUCGAGACCCCCCACGGGCCAUCCCUGAUGGUUGCUAUGACUGCGGUGAUGGCUUUUAUGAUCCCAACACCAGAGUCAUCAAAGACUAUGGUGGCAAGUUUCUGAGGAACACAGAUGACCAAGAACAUGAGUGGAUUGUGCGUACCUGCAGGAAGAGCUGGGAUGAGUUCAUUGGCCACUAUCCAAGAACCAGCACACUAUAGGAGACGUGAGAAUUCUGACACACAAAGAAAGCCAUUGCAAAUUGGUGUAAUAUGACAUCGACAUGUGUUGUGAAAAUAAAACUAAUAUCACGUUACAU